GUGCUGCUCGAGGGCAUGACGCACCUGCCAGACGGGGCUUUCCGCGGCCGCACCUCUCUUGUCUCGGUCGCCUGCCCACGCAGCCUCGUCUCCAUCGGAAACGGCGCCUUCCACAGCUGUUCCUCCCUUACCACCAUCACCCUCCCUGCCGGCCUCACCUCCAUCGGUGGCUACGGCCUGACCUCCAUCGGCGACCACGCCUUCCACAGCUGUUCCUCCCUCACCACCAUCACCUUCCCUGCCUGCCUCACCUCCAUCGGAAACGGCGCCUUCCACAGCUGUUCCUCCCUUACCACCAUCACCUUCCCUGCCUGCCUCACCUCCAUCGGCCGGCACGCCUUCUUCGGCUGCUCCGCCCUGACCUCCAUCACCUUCCCUGCCAGCCUCACCUCAAUCGACUACGCCGCCUUCCACAGCUGCUCCGCCCUCGCCUCCGUCAAUCUCCCCGCCGGCCUCACCUCCAUCGGCCAGCACGCCUUCCACAGCUGCUCCGCCCUCGCCUCCGUCAAUCUCCCCGCCGGCCUCACCUCCAUCGGCUACGCCGCAUUCCACAGCUGCUCCGCCCUCGCCUCCGUCAAUCUCCCCGCCGGCCUCACCUCCAUCGGCUACGCCGCAUUCCACAGCUGCUCCGCCCUCGCCUCCGUCAACCUCCCCGCCGGCCUCACCUCCAUCGGCCGGCACGCCUUCGACGGCUGCUCCGCCCUCGCCUCCGUCAACCUCCCCGCCGGCCUCACCUCCAUCGGCCGGCACGCCUUCCACAGCUGCUCCGCCCUCGCCUCCGUCAACCUCCCCGCCGGCCUCACCUCCAUCGGCCGGCACGCCUUCCACAGCUGCUCCGCCCUCGCCUCCGUCACCUUCCCCGCCGGCCUCACCUCCAUCGGCGACUGGGCCUUCGUGUGCUGCUCCUCCCUCACCAGCGUCGCCUUCCCCGCCGGACUCACAUCCAUCGGCGAGGGCGCUUUCGACCACUGCUCCGCCCUCGUCUCCGUCACCUUCCCCGCCGGCCUCACCUCCAUCGCCAGCCGCGCCUUCUUCGGCUGC